UGGGUGAAAACACGUGGCUUCAACGAGCAGGAAAAAGGUGAUCGACACGAUCUGAUUUAAUAAAUCGCUUGUUUUUCUCUGUCUGUCUGUCUGUAGAUAUGACGGGUCACAUCUUGACGGAACCGGGCGGCGGAGCGCACAUGGACGACAGCGCCGCCAUCCGGAUCAACGUUGGGGGCUUCAAAAACAGGCUCCACUCCAACACUCUCUCCCGGUUUCCAGAGACAAGACUGGCGCGUCUCCUCCACUGUCAGUCCAAAGAGUCCAUCCUGGAGCUGUGUGACGACUAUGACGACACAGAGAAAGAGUUUUACUUUGACAGAAACCCUUUGCUUUUCCCCUACGUGCUGAAUUUCUACAAGACGGGGCGACUGCAUGUCAUGGCUGAGCUGUGCGUCUUCUCCUUCAGCCAGGAGAUCGAGUACUGGGGCAUCAAUGAGUUCUUCAUCGACUCCUGCUGCAGCAGCGCCUACCACUGCAAGAAAAUGGACCAGGGUCAGGAGGAGUGGGACGACCAAAGCGAUGAAGGAAGCACCACUUCAUCUUUUGACGAGUUGUUGGAGUUUUACACAGAAGGCACAAAGUUUGACAAGCAGCCGUGUGGAAGUGCACGGAGGCAGAUCUGGUUGAUGCUGGAUAACCCUGGAUACUCCAUCACCAGCCGCGUCAUCAGCCUCCUCUCUGUGCUCGUGGUGAUUGGCUCCAUCUCUGCCAUGUGCAUGAACAGCAUGAGUGAGUUCAGCCUGUUGGACAGUGAGGGUCAACCCAUGGAGGACCCUCGUUUUGAGACCGUGGAACACUUUGGCAUCGGUUGGUUCACUUUGGAGCUAGUUGCCAGAUUAGCAGUGGCACCGGAUCUAGUGCACUUUUUCUUCCACCCGUUGAAUGUGAUAGACCUGGUGUCCAUACUCCCCUUUUAUUUGACACUCCUGGUAAAUCUGGUGGUGGAGAGUAGCCCAGCGCUGGCCAACCUGGGACGCGUUGCACAGGUUCUGAGGCUGAUGAGGAUUUUCCGCGUCUUGAAGCUUGCCCGUCACUCCACAGGGCUGCGGGCCCUGGGGGCCACCCUAAGAAACAGCUACAGAGAAGUGGGCCUGCUGCUCCUCUACCUGGCUGUUGGCGUGUCAUUUUUCUCUGUGAUAGCAUACACUGUGGAGCAAGAGGAAAGUGAAGAUCUCUCCACCAUCCCAGCAUGCUGGUGGUGGGCCACCGUCAGCAUGACUACUGUUGGGUACGGAGACGUGGUGCCGAUAUCCAUACCGGGCAGGCUGACUGCAUCAGCAUGCAUCCUGGCUGGGAUCUUAGUAGUUGUGCUUCCGAUUACUCUCAUUUUCAAUAAAUUCUCUUUCUUCUACAAACGGCAAAAACAGCUGGAACUGGCGAUGAGGAGCUGUGAUUUCAAUGAGGGACUAAAUCAGCUGCCUGCCAUCAAUCUGAGGAUCUAUUACGCACAGAAAGUCAAAUCUCUCAUGGCAAGCUUAUCAAACAUGAGCCGGAGUUCACCCAGUGAACACAGUCUAAACAAGUCCAUAGACUGAAAUAUUGAUCAGGUAUUGAUGAGAGAAAGCAGAAUGUGUCUGUGUGAGGAGCUCUCCAGGGUACUGAAAACUCACAGACGUCUGGUUGUUUGCCUCUCGGUAGCUCAGUGCAAUAACGUCUUCAGCGGUCUUCACAGGAAGAAAGAGACAAAAUGUGCUGCCGGCUUCAAUAUUAUGUUCACUGUUUGUUAUUGUGGCCGUUCAACAAUAAGUCCAACUGUUCAAAUUAGACCGUGUU